GAGACAUAUUAUUUGACCAUUUGAGUUAGAAUUUCAAAAUUCUAUAAUGCGUUUGCAAUUGGUUGUUUUUGCGAUCACUGCCUUGGCAGUUGGUGCAUUCGGUCACGGCCAUCAUGGCAAGUUCAGGCAGGCAUUUCAUCAUUGCGCAAAUACUACUGAAGUUGAUGGUGAAGUUUUAAAAGCAUGGGUCAACAGACAACCUGUCGAUGAUGACAGAUUGAAAUGCUUCUUGGCUUGUGUAAUGAAGGCAGUUGGUACAAUGAAUGAAGAUGGUCAAAUUAUUCCUGAGAAAAUCAUCGCGCAAAUUUCGAUGCACACACACGACCGUGAAACUAAAGUUGAAUCUAUCGAAAUUUGCAGCAUUAAAAGAGGAAAAGAUGAUUGUGAAACAGCUUUCUUGGUUGCAACAUGUUUACGCCGUCAUCAUGUAUUUGACCGUCCUCAUCAUAGUCAAUCGUGGAAAAAUUUCCAAAAAUGUAAAAUCGAAACAAAGGUCGAUUCUGAACUUUUGAGAGCAGAACGUCGAGGUGAAGAUGUCGAUGAUCCUCAAGUAAAAUGCUUCUAUGCAUGCAUGAUGAAGAGAUUGAAUAUUAUGAAUGAUGAAGGUAAAGUCAAUGUUAUGAAACUCAUCAACCACGUCAACAUUCCUGAAGAUGAUGUACACCGUGUACAAAAAAUUGAAAUGUUCAGCACGUGUGCCAAAAAAAAGGGAACUGAUGAAUGCGAUACUGCUUACCGUAUUCGCAGAUGUAUCUACAAAGGUCUUACUAAAAUGUUCAAAUCUAAUGUCCUUCCUACAACCACAACUGAAGCUCCAAUGCGAGUUCCAAUGGCUAUUACUUCCGACAACGAAUAAAUAUGUGCAGAAUUAAUUCCGAAACAUUUUACAUAAUACAAAAGCUCAAUGUCUCCCAAUUGUAAAUUAUCAAAAUCUUUAUUGCGAAAUCAAUUCUGUAGACAAAAUCGGAAUAAAUAAUUUCCCCCAAA